AUGGCUGACAUCAACCUGAUUCCUCAAAUCCUGCAGACCAUUAUCGGUGUGCUUGGUAUGAUAGGCAAUGGGAUAGUGGCUGUGGUCAUCUACAAAGUGCCUUACAUGCACACCAUCACCGACGCCUUCAUUUUCAACCAGACUGCGACUGACUUUCUCGGGUCGCUCUUCCUCAUUCUGACUGUCAACAUUCCGCUUCCUGACAGCUUUCCAGACACUCCAUGGUACCGCUUUGUCUGUUACAUAUGGUACUCGCAGCUCCUCCUGUGGGCGUGCUUCACCUCGUCCACCAUCAACCUUCUCGCGCUGAUAUGCGAGCGCUACAUCGCGCUGGUCUUUCCGGCAAAGUACAUCAAGAUGUACACCAAGCGAGCAAUGGUUUUCAUGGUGGUUGCCGUGUGGGUCUUCGGGCUGUUGUCUCAGGUGCUGUACAUCGCAGUGGCGAACAAACUACAGGACGGCUACUGCUACGCAAGCUCCUCUGUGAUUGCCAGGGCUUUGAGCAUCAUCCUAAUUCUUGUGACGUUUGUCCUGCCAUCUCUCGCGAUGAUGUUCGUCUUUGGCCACAUUUACAUGAAGCUGAGACGUACCAGACGAGACCACAGCAUCGACGGCAUUCCUACCUCGUCCGAACAGCAACUGCAGCCGGUGCAUCGCGCCCGUCGCAUCGCCCUGAAGACCCUCCUCUCCGUCUUCGUCAGCUUCCUCGUUUGUUGGACUUUGAACCAGACUAUAUUCCUGAUGUUCAACUUCGGCUGGGAGCUGGACUUCACGGGACCUAUCUACAUCACCUCUGUGAUUCUGGUGGCUGCUAACUGUUGUGUCAACCCCAUCAUCUUUGCCUUCAUGUACAAAAGGUUCAGACGCGCCUUGUCCACCCUGAUUUGUCGUGUCCCUCUUAAUGACUCACAGCUCUCGGACGGAAUAACUCUUGAAGGUGUCGUAAAUAACCAAUUUGAAAAUUAAAUAACUCAACUGGUGAUCCUGAAUCCGGUCAAAUGCGUAUCAACCUUCCCGUAAGAGACGUUGUGUUUCCCGUGGUUUUUUUUAGACAAACUCAUCAAGGAUCUUUCUUGUCGCACGAUGCAAGCGCAGAUUUACCCAGACUGGGACCUUGAGUGAAGAAAAACAUGAAAAGCAAGAUCGGACCAACUCUACUCAAUCGUUUGCCAACUAAAUUAUCCAAAAUGUUCAUGGGGUAAAGACGAGGUCAUUAUAGUUCUCACCAGCCAAGUUUGAGGUCUCCAUUCAAUUUUAUAAAGGAGACUCUUUUCUUUAACAUUUUGCAACUGAGAGUGAAGCCAGGUGAUUUCAUUUUGAAGCUAAAGACUAGACUGGUGCACGUCCAACUUUUUGCAAAGAUUGACCCUUCAGUAGUCUGGUGGCAUGAACAUAAAGAAUGUGUAGAAAUACAGCUGGGUACCAGAUGAACUAAAUGCCAGACACAGUUGAUGCAGUACUAAAACAAAAUAAAAUCUAGUAUUGCAUAUUUUCAUACUCUAUCCUCAUACACAGUAUUGAGUCCCAAAUUUUCAGACACAGAAUUACCCAUG